AUGAACCUCCAACAGAGUUCCCUCUGGCCUCAAUAUGAAAAGAGCCAAAACCCAAAGAAUGAUGAUGCUAGAAAUAACAAAACCUACCAACAAAGAACUCAACAACAGUGGCGAAAUAAUACCUACCUUUUUGAUGAAGAUGAUGAUUUAUCUAUUGAUAAUGUUUUAAAUGGCACUUCUUAUGAAUUCGCAGUGAAUUUCCUCUAA